UACCUGCGCCUGGAUUGGCCCGCAUAGUGCAGUUACUGCGCCGGCGCAGUCAACGCCUUGCGCUAUUGGCUGCUGCAGCUGGAGAGAGGGAGUGGCUUAGUACUCGACAGUAGCGCGGCGUCGUUUAAACAAGCGUUCUUAUGGAAGUCGGCAGAGAAGUGCCCGUGGCGGCCGCUCGUACUAUUUUGUCGUGCGUAAACUGCGACUGCACCCUUAAAUAGACCGCCCGGAGCAGAGAAGCCAGUCAGUCUCGCAGAGUCCCUCGAGCACUAGCUUCCUUCCGAACAGCAUCAGUGUACCUCAUCAGCCUUCCGAACCACUCAAGAUGUUUGGACCCAACUACAUCACGUUCCGCGUCGACAAGCGCCACGGCUACUACGUGGAUUCUACGAGCUCGGAUCCUUACGGCGACGAGCAGGUGAAGAAUUACGACGAGAUGCUGUGCCGAGCCCUGGGCAAGAUCUUCCAGAAGCAGAGACGACUACAAGACUCCUUCAUCCAGCGCAUUUUCGGUCCUGUAAUUCAGCCACUGACGAGAUAUGCCGGUGGCCAGAUAAACGAAUUACUUCGUGCCUCCGACCUGGACUUCAUGGUGAAACGCAUACUCGAGCUGGAACCAGGCCUCAGCUCGAUAUUUCCAAAGGGAAAUAAUUUUCCACUCUUGUGGAUAGCCGUCCUCGGUUCUUUGCAGAACUCAGCCGAGUUACUCGUGCGCUCGGGUGGCUACGUCAACGAGCGUUGUCUGAUCAAAUUGGAUCAUUGUGUCGAAGAGAAGUGGAACAUCCUACAACUCGUGCUUAAGAUGUACCCCUCCUCGUGGAAUGAUCGGUUCAUCGGUCUCUUGCUCGAUCACGGAGCCGACUUUGAAGAUCAGGACCCCAACGGCGAGACGGUCUUACAUUCUGCAGUGUCGCGAUGCCGUGUCCGGGUGACCAAGUUGUUGCUGGAGAAAGGAGCCGACGCCAACGUCAGAGGAGCCGAGGGUAGAGUACCGAUGCUCACAGCAGCCGGCGGCAAGAAAGCCGACGAACUGGUACCAUUAUUGAUGAAGUAUAAAGCUGAUGUCACCGCCAGAGAUAGCGACGGCCAGAGCGUAUUACACCGCCUCGCAUCUUCCUCCUACGGUGAGCACGUCGACUUGGCCAAAACCUUAAUCCGGAAGGGUGUCUCAGUCGACGGCAGGGAUUCCAUACGCCAGUACCAACCGAUACACUGGGCUGUCCAGUGCGGAAAACACAAACUGGUAAACUUACUCUUGGAUAAUGGCGCAGACGUAAACGCGCAAAUGAUCGGCGGCGAAUCCCCGCUCUACCUCGCUGUCCAGUAUGCUUGCCCAAUAGCGCUGCUGCGAACUCUGCUCAACCGCGGCGCAAACGUCGAUCUAAAAACCAUCGGAGGCCAGACCGUGCUGCAUAACGCCUGCAGGCACUGCAACAAAAAGAACGUCAAGAUAAUGAAGCUACUUCUGUCCGUCGGCGCGAACGUCUUCGCCGAGGAUCGCCACGGUUUCACCCCCUUAGUCUACAGCAAUCUCAACGACAUCGAAGACAUCGAGGAGAAGUUUGAGAAUCCGAGCAUCAGACUUAUGCUCAAGUCGCUGGCGUUGAAGAAGGCCAGCCUGGAGUCGACCGACGAGGUGAAGGACGAGAGAGUCAUCAAGCUGUACCCAAAGCUCUGGACCUACUACCAAGUCUGCCAGGCUCACGUGGCCAAGGCGAAAUCCACAAAGUUCAUCAAGAACUGCACGUACUUCCACCUCCUCACGCAGGACCACCGUCAGCUCGUCGCGCGCCUACGCAAUCCCAGCUUCGACAGGAGCAAUGUGAAACUAACCGAUUUGCGAGGAUUCUUUAUCUAUACUGAGGACAUACUCAGAGCUUUGCAUCACGCGCAGAAGCACUACCGCUUCAUCGCCAGCAACGUUUUGCCGUGGAUGGUCGUGAAGAAGAGGGUGGCCUGCUACAUGGACAAGUGCGAGGAAUGUGAUAUGAAGCAAGUAGUGCAGGAGUCGCGGAAGAACGGGGAGAACCCGGCUAAACUUACGUACAAGAACUUUAAAAUUUUUGACGAUGAUUCUGAGUCGAAUUAGGAAAAUCUUGUUUGUUUUAUUUUCAAUGUAUAUUUAUGUAAACUUUAAGCUAUAAAAAUAAGAAAAUAAUAAAAAUGACAU